CGGCGCAUGCGCAAUAGCCACGUCUUCAUUAUGAAGCCGUUACCUGGCUAAGUGAGACGAGAGCUGACGGUUCGACCCACGGAUAAAAUGACACCGUUUAAACCGUUCAUUUGGGAGACGCCUAGUUAAAGAACAUGUUUGAUAUUCGACCGGAGAAACAUCAUCAAAUUGAGUUUAACGUCGUUCUCGCAAUUCUUAGUAGGUUGUAGCGUGCUGUGUCAGGGCCAUGGCAUUGAAGGACAAGCUGGAAGCGGUGCUGAACGUGGGGCUGCGUGUCCCCAGCAUCAUGCUGCUGGAGAUACUCUACCGCUGGGAUGUCAGCUCCUUCUUCCAGAAGAUCCAGAGGAGCAGUCUCAACAACAACCCCCUCUUCCAGUACAAGUACCUGGCUCUCUACCUGCACUAUGUAGGUUACAUCCUCAGCCUGGUGCUCCUGACUCUGCCUCGUCAACACCUGGUGAAGCUCUACCUGUACGUGCUAACUGCCCUGCUGCUCUUCGCUGGACACCAGGUGUCCAGGGAUUAUGUCCGCAGUGAGCUGGACUCUGGGUACGAGGAACCGCUCUACCUGGAGCCACUGUCCAUGAACCGCUUCUCCACCGCCCUCAUAGCUCAGCUGGUGGUGUGCACCCUGUGCUCCUGCGUCAUGCAGACCAAGAGGAUCUGGCUGUUCUCUGCUCACCUGCUCCCCCUGGUGGCCCGUCUCUGUCUGGUCCCCCUGGAGACCAUCGUGUUCAUCAACCGCUUCGUCAUGAUCUUCACGGGCCUCGAGGUCAUCUACUUCCUGGCCUCCAACCUGCUGGUGCCCUACAACCUGGCCAAGACUGCCUACAGGGAGCUGGUGCAGGUGGUGGAGGUGUACGGGCUGCUGGCUCUGGGGAUGUCCCUGUGGAACCAGCUGGUUCUGCCCGUCCUCUUCAUGUGCUUCUGGUUGGUUCUGUUCGCCCUGCAGAUCUACAGCUACUUCAGUAGCCGGGACCAGCCCACCUCCAGGGAGAGGCUGCUCUUCCUGUUCCUCACCAGUAUUGCAGAGUGCUGCAGCACCCCCUACUCCCUGCUGGGCCUGGUCUUCACUGUUUCCUUCGUGGCGUUGGGCGUCCUCACCCUCUGCAAGUUCUACCUGCAGGGUUACCGAGCCUUCAUGAAUGACAACACCAUGCACCGGGGGAUGACAGAGGGCAUCACGUUACUGAUCCUGGCUGUCCAGACAGGUCUGAUCGAACUGCAGGUCAUCCACCGAGCCUUCCUCCUGAGUAUCAUCCUCUUCAUCGUGGUGGCCUCCAUCCUACAGUCCAUGCUGGAGAUAGCUGACCCCAUUGUACUGGCUCUAGGGGCCUCCCGGGACAAGAGCCUGUGGAAGCACUUCCGGGCCGUGAGUCUCUGCUUGUUCCUGCUGAUCUUCCCAGCCUAUAUGGCCUACAUGAUCUGCCAGUUCUUCCUCAUGGACUUCUGGCUUCUCAUCAUCAUCUCCUCUAGCAUCCUCACCUCACUGCAGGUGCUGGGUACCCUGCUCAUCUACAUCUUGUUCAUGGUGGAGGAGGUACGUAAGGAGCCCGUACAGAACAUGGACGACGUCAUCUACUACGUGAACGGAACCUACCGGCUGCUGGAGUUCCUGGUGGCGCUCGUGGUGGUGGCCUACGGCGUGUCAGAGACUGUGUUCGGGGAGUGGACAGUGAUGGGCUCCACCAUCAUCUUCAUUCACUCCUACUACAACGUCUGGCUGCGCGCCCAGCUGGGCUGGCAGAGCUUCCUGCUGCGCAGAGAAGCCGUCAACAAGAUCAAGAGCCUUCCCACCGCCUCUGACCUGCAGCUGAAGAAGUACAACGACAUCUGUGCCAUCUGCUAUCAGGACAUGAAGUCUGCUGUCAUCACCCCUUGCAGCCACUUCUUCCACGCUGGCUGUCUCAAGAAGUGGCUUUAUGUACAGGAGACCUGCCCCCUCUGUCACAAACAGCUGAAGAGCCAAUCACAGCCUGCCAGUGCCACCGCAGCACCCGCCCAGGACAUUCUACCAGCCAAUCCCAACCCAGCAGAGGCUGGGCAAGGAGAGCCAGUGGCUGUUGCGGCUGAGGGGGACAAAACCGUUACUCAGAACGAUGUUCCUGUUGAAGGGAGCCAAGCCAGCCCCUCUACCACCUCUGCUAACCCUAACCUAGAGCUUGAGGGCAAGGCAGAGGAGAAUGCCCUGGGCCCCCAGCAGGCUGACACAGUGGACAGUGUGUAUUUGGAGGGCCAGGUGGCUGGUCUGUCACAGGGCUCGGGGGAGUCAUGUCUCCGGCAUCGCCAGCCCCAGCAGUCUGCCUCUUCACCUGCAGCAGCAACAUCCACAGCAUGUGGAGCUGAACCUCACUCCUGCAUACUACCACCUCACACACAGCUAAAGACUAAGUAACCAAGAUGGAGGUUGCUGGUUAACUGUUGGACUGACUUCCUAUUGUCACUAUCCAACACCUCCCCAUUAAUGAACUCAUCUAUUUGUUUGCUUGUUUCUUAGAUUUUGAUUUUAAACUCAUUAACAUUUCAUGGUUAUUAAUCCUAUAGGAUUGUAUGAAAUAUGAUGCAGACUUUAGUAAUGUUUGAUUCUGAGAUGCCAUGCUGAACAUCAUUACAUUUCACUGUUGAGAAAUAUGCAUCGACUUCUCCCACUUGAUGACAAAAUAUGUAAGUAGCCUUGUGUGAGCCAGAACCACCACAGACCAUAUCACCUCCACUCAUGGCAGCAGAUCUCUGUCUCUGUAGCAUGAGGCAGGUUGAUGUACGCGUGCACGCCCUGGACGGGACUUUAGUCCAGGGGUCGGCAACCCUGGCCCUGGACGGGACUAGUCCAGGGGUCGGCAACCCUGGCCCUGGACGGGACUCUAGUCCAGGGGUCGGCAACCCUGGCCCUGGACGGGACUCUAGUCCUGGGGUCGGCAACCCUGGACGGGACUCUAGUCCUGGGGUCGGCAACCCUGGACGGGACUCUAGUCCUGGGGUCGGCAACCCUGGACGGGACUCUAGUCCUGGGGUCGGCAACCCUGGACGGGACUCUAGUCCUGGGGUCGGCAACCCUGGACGGGACUCUAGUCCUGGGGUCGGCAACCCUGGACGGGACUCUAGUCCUGGGGUCGGCAACCCUGGACGGGACUCUAGUCCUGGGGUCGGCAACCCUGGACGGGACUCUAGUCCUGGGGUCGGCAACCCUGGACGGGACUCUAGUCCAGGGGUCGGCAACCCUGGUCCUGGAGGGCCGCAGGCACGUCAUGUUGUUGGUUUAACCGACCUGGAAGACCAGGUGUGUUAAAUUUAGUCAAUUACUGAAGUGAUCCGUUAGCUCAGUUGGUCAGGUGUGGUGCCUAGUUGGAACAACACACUACGGUACAUGCACAUUUCAGAAACAGGGUUGCCUCCCCCCUCCACUAGUCUAUCUGGGGGCCUUACCUCCAAUCUCUCUCUUUAACACGGAGUCCCAAGUAGAUGCAAAUUGAGUCCCAUUUCUUCAGUCUCUGGUAGGACUGGGCCGGGAUUGAACUCACAACCUAACGAUUUCGGGGUGGAAACUCUAUAAACACAAGGCCACUGAGUUUAACAACAAAAUGCAGCUUUGAAGUUGAGUUGCAUUCUACUGUACAUCCAUUAAACAGCAGACAACUCAGCCACAGCAUUUUGUAGUUUCAUUAACGCUCAUUCAAUAUCCAAUAUUUUCCAAUUGAGCUGUAUUUCACUGGUCUUGAAUCAAGUGUUAAUUAUAUCAAGGAAUAUGAUCCUCUGUAGGUUACUAACGUUAGCACCCCCCCCCCCUGGCCUGCCCUGGUUGGGCCUGACAAUCUGUUACACAACCUGAAUGUUACCAGGGACAGGGCAGGCUGGUGUGUAGGUGGAAGACACCAAUGCUCCCUGUGUGUGUGUGUGUGUUUCGAUUAAAUGAAUUCAUACUGAAGAAAACAGACCCAUAUGGCGCUUUAUGCACACUUAGGCUUGAACGCAGUCACCGUCCGACAGCCGUGGGAACUUUAUUUACAUGAUAUGUAAUGGAGCCAUCUGCACUGUCAUUUAUAGCGACGCUCCAAAGUUGUCUUUGUCAGGUACCAAAUAGUUUUGGUAUGUAUGAGAAAAAGCCCUAUAUAAAUGUGUGUGUGUGUAUAAACAUUUAUAUUGUAUCCAUUCAGUGUUAAAGCUGCCCCCCCCCCCCCCCCCCCCCCCAGUAUGACGUGAUCAGAGGCUUGUGUGAACACUUUAGUAACCCUCUCAGUUGAGGUGUGAAGAGAGCUGAUCACCGAUUGAGGGAGUUACCAGCGCUGAAUUCACCUAAAACAGUAUUAUUUGUCACAAUUUUGAGAAUGAAUACAUAGUAUUAUGUAUGAUCAAACUUGUCAAAUGUUCCAUCAAUUAAUUGGUGGCUUUUGGACAUUUUGUUGAAUCUAUAUUGGGAGAAGUGGCUAAGAGUGUACAGUAUUUUACUUACAUCAUGACAUGGACAUUUUGAAGAGGACUUUCCUAUUUGGAAUGUAAUGUUUAUUUUGAGAAGCCCUACAAAUUCAUAUUUUUUAUUUUAUUUUUUGAAUACAAAGAAUGACAUGCUCUAUGAAUGCUGAUUACCAGUCAGUGUUUUGCUAAGAAA